AUGUCAAUUCAUAUCAAUGUUAUUAUUAUUAUUAUUCCUUUCUUAUCAUUGAUAUUUCCAUUUAUUCAUUGUUUGCCGAAUUAUACCAUUGAAACAUUUCCGGAUUCAUUAAUUAAACCGGAUCUUUGUAAUCUUAACGCUCCAGGAUUAGCAUGUGAUCCGGAUCAAUUAUUGAGACGUUUUAAUCAAACACUUUCCGGAGCUGAAUAUUUAUCGCAUUAUUUGCAACAAAUUCGUUAUGCGACAAAGUGUCCAUGUUUAAAAGAUGAUAAUUUGUAUGGACAUUGUUCAACUAUUAAUCCACGUGGAUAUACGAUAUCAAUCGCUGUUAUGAGAUCAAUUGAGAUGAUAAACGAUGAUAUGAUGAAUACGGUUAGCCGGAAUCGUACAGUUCAGGUAUUUGCUGAAAUGUUACGACGACGGCAACAUCGUGGUCAAUGCGCUGAUGAUGCAUUAAUUGUAGCAAUUACCGACUGGAAAAUUGUUUAUACAUCAGUAGAUGAAGUAAUAGGAAGAGCUCUCACAACAAGUGCUAUCACAGAAGUAAAUCGAGAAGCUGAGUCACUCUUUACCAGUGCUAAUUAUCUUUAUGGUUUAACAUUUAUGGUGAAUCGUUAUGGACAAAUUCUACAAUAUUCCGAGAGAAAAUCUUUAUCAAUGAUAUGGUCACUUAUCAUGAAUACUUGGCUUCAUAUUUUUCUCACUUCAAUUAUCCUAAUUACAUCUGGAAUACUUGUUAUCUUAUUAAUUAUACGAUUUUGUUGUAACAAAAAACAAACAUAUACAGUGGGUAGGCAAAUUAUCAGUUAA